UCGACCAUCUCCAUUUUGUGUGAGCCGACGGAGCCUGCCGUUGUCCUCUCCCCGUGAAACCCGCGACACCCCGAAUCCACACGAAACCUGUCAAAGUUAGCCGACGAACCGCUCGCUAACCAAGUUAUUAUCCGAAGGGAAAGCAAAUCUUGUCGUAUGUCCGGUAUUCAGAACCUCACACAUUUUGACCCCUUUGCUGAUGCAAGUAAGGGUGAUGACCGCCUCCCAGCCGGGACAGAGGACUACAUCCACAUAAGAAUCCAACAGCGGAACGGCAGGAAGACCCUCACCACUGUCCAGGGCAUCGCCGCUGACUAUGACAAGAAGAAGCUUGUCAAGGCCUUCAAGAAGAAGUUUGCCUGCAAUGGGACAGUGAUUGAGCACCCAGAGUAUGGUGAAGUGAUCCAGCUUCAGGGAGACCAGCGCAAGAAUAUCUGCCAGUUCCUGAUCGAUAUCGACCUGGCCAAGGAGGAGCAGCUCAAAGUCCACGGCUUUUAGAAGCUGCUCGCAGCCCUCUCCCCUCCUCCUGCUCUCCUGAAAGGCCACCGAACCCCCCCUCCCCCCCUCCUAUGUGCUGCUGUUGCUCUUCCUCCCCCCUCUCCCCCCUCCGCAGCUCCUCUUAGCUAACACGUGAAUUACCUCUAACAAACAUGGGACUCUGUAACUCGGCCGACUCCCGACCACAGCAGGGGGCGUGCGCGCUCUCGCAGAGACACGCCACCGCAGCUCCACACACCAUCAGGGACGAGUGGUGAUGACCCCCCCCUCCCCUACACACACACUUCCUCCUUCCAUGCCCCCCCCCCUCCCUCCUCCCUCUUUGUUUAUCUUUUUAUUUUUUAGGUCUCGUGCCACAGUAAGGAGGCACCGUUUCAUGUAACGUUUUUUGUUUUGUACUUCAAUAAAACGAUGAGUCUCCGUACGCUGGAGUGGCGUGGUGUCCUGGGGAACGGAACGGGGCGGGGGGCCCGCCGGGGGUGUCAGUGUUUACCGCUGAGGAGGAGACGGGCGUGCAGGCCGUCGGAGGGAGGGCUUUAAGUUGUUUACCUCCUCUCAUUCUGCCCAGAUUGUUGUUUACGAGUCAGCCUCCACCCCAUCCAGCAGAUCAGUUUGUUUUUUGGCCGCGUUUCACCUUUGUUGCCAGUUUUUUUUUUUAAAUUUUAUUUUAAGUAUUGUCGGCGGUGCGAGUGAGGUGUGCGACGCCUGCCGAGUCCCUGUGCCGGGAGACGCAGUUGCGCGUUAGAGAAUCUGAGUUUUGUGGAGAGGUAUCCCGCUCCGGUGCUCCUCCGGCUCUUGUGUAAAUCCACCACCGAACCCUCGCCGUCAUCAUGGACACUCGAGUCUAAUUUUCCUGCAAUGCAAUAAUUUAUGAACAAGUUAGCGAUGCUGAUACAGUAACAUGGAAGCCAUGGCCAGUUCACACUGUGCUCACUGUGACUGCGGGUGGUCCAGAGUCUGUUUUGCAAAUUUUCCUCAUUUGGUUCAAUAAAAUUCCUGCAGUUUAA